AUGAAGACACCGAUGAAGUCGAUCGCGACUCUCCUAGGACACGGCGUCAUCGAGCUGCAGCGUUCGUCAACGCCCAGUGGUCACGUCCCGCGGUUUCUAGAGCUCGUCACCCUCUCGAUGAUUCGUUCAACGAUAACUGGAGAAGUCUAUGACCUACCUCAACCGCUUCCUUUCGAGGAACAGCGCUACAUCUAUGACUCUGGCUCUCGGCUGAGGCCUACAGCGUUCUACGACCGUGAGAACUUCGGCCGCGAACCUGGCCACGCAGCCUCCUGGUGGGGUUCUGAAGAGAGUAUACCGGCACUGGAAUUUGAAGAACAUAGAGCUCGCGUCCCCGAUGCUCUGCCGUCACUCAACAACCGCAUCGAAAGCGGGACGGAUCGCUCCUCGCCUUCGUCGAUUUCUACUCGACACGGCUCCCGUAGUCCAGAGGAGGCUUCGCAAUCUGGGGGCUCUACUACAUCCACUCAACCUGACCGCAGAACCCAAAGCUCAAUGCGUUCGUCGGCACGGCGCCCACGUCGAAACCAGUCUUCAAGCCGUGAUGCACAGCUCGCAGCCGCCUGGCAACAGCUCUAUCACGAACGUACGGAGCUUGAGAAAGAGAGGAGAGCCUUGAGCAAGAAAGAAUAA